GAAGCUCCGGGAGGGAAAGUGGACGGGGUGGGGUUCGGCUGAGGCGAGGGAAGGGAAAGCAAGGGGUUCCCAAGACUCGGCGGUAAAAAGGCCGGAGAGGAGAGCGGGGUCUCCUCCCUUCACUGCCCCCUUGCCCUGGGUUGAAGUCUGGGAAGUGGAGGAAGGCGGCUGGCUGCGUUCAGGGGGAUUCCGCGUGUGGACCCUGGGAGAGCAGGACGACGGAGGGAAGGAGACGAGCUGAGAAAGAGGCGAGUUUCCCGGCGGUGUCCUCGGGAGCUGGAUAAAUCCAAUUUUUCUUUUAUAUUCAAGAUAUUGGAAAAUAAGUGUUGAUCAUGGCUGAGCUAUCUCCAGAAGAAAUUCAACUAAGAGCAAAUCAGGUUACUGAUGAGUCUCUAGAAAGCACAAGAAGGAUUCUUGGCAUGGCCAUUGAGUCCCAAGAUGCAGGAAUCAAAACCAUUACCAUGCUAGAUGAACAAGGGGAACAACUAGACCGUAUAGAAGAAGGCAUGGACCAAAUAAACAAGGAUAUGAGAGAAGCUGAGAAGAACUUGACAGAACUCAACAAAUGUUGUGGUUUGUGUGUCUGCCCUUGCAAUAGAAUGAAGAAUUUUGAGACUAGCAAAGCAUAUAAGACAACCUGGGGUGAUGGAGUAGAAAAUUCAGCUGAUCAUGUUGUGUCUAAACAGCCCGGUCGAGUAUUAGACUAUCAGCAACAGACUGCAGGAGGAUCAACUGGAGGAUAUAUAACACGGAUAACAAAUGAUGCCAGAGAAGAUGAAAUGGAUGAAAACCUAGCCCAAGUAGGAAACAUCUUGGGAAAUCUGAAAAAUAUGGCCUUGGAUAUGGGUAAUGAGAUUGAUUCACAAAACAAACAGAUAGACCGGAUAAAUGAAAAGGCUGAAACAAAUAAAGACCGUAUUGAACACGCUAAUGUGAAAGCCAAAAAACUUAUUGAAAAUUAAUAAUCUGCUGCCUGUUUUGUUCAACUCAAACAUCAAUUUCAAUCCAUAAGCCUCAAGCUCCAAAGAAGAGAGAUAGGAGGAUUCGGAAGGAAAAACAAAGCAGGGCAUAUCAUAAAACUUCUUUGUUGCAUGUAUAUAAACUCAGUUUGAAAAUCCAGGAAAACAACACAACAGAGCCUCAGCUUUUUAACCCCUCUUCAUUCUCAGGGCUUCAUUGGUGGCCUUUGCAUCUUUCUUUGUUAUCUCCUCUUUAUUCCCCUUUUUGUAAUUUAAUGGUAGAGGAUGAGACAAAUGAGCAAAAACAAGAGAGGAUACACUCACUGGAUUUAAUUACCUCAUUUCUUUUCCAUGUCAUUGCCACUUUAAUCACUAUUUUAAUAGUGAUUAAAUGGUUUUCAUGAAUUGUAUCUAAUUUAAUGAAGCUGACCCUAGUCUUACAUAAAUUACCUGAUUUCACUACCAAACCUUUCAUGACAAGGUGGGGUGAGGGAUAUUUUAUUUUCUGGUCACUGGAAUCAUAGCUUAGUAGCAACUGCAUUAAAGCAUAUAAUGUUUCAUGUACAAGAAAUACAUUGAAGAGAAGUGAAUGUUCUAAGUCAUAGCCAUUCCCACUGCAUCCAAGCAAGAUUUGCUAAGAAACAGGUGCAUUUAUAUUAUGCUGUAUUUAUGAAAUAAACUUACAUAGGUUACACAUGUGGGGGUUGUUUUAGAUGGCUUAUUCUCUGUUUUACCUGAAUGAUUGGAUGUGUAUUGCCAACCCUAAUUUCCUUUGUUCCUUCCAGAGAGACAGGAGUUUGGAGAAAAAGACAAGCCCAUAUAGCACUUGAUUUCCUGUACUCUAGGUUUUGGUGAGAUUGCCAGCAGAGCAUUUCCAAGCUCUGGAACAAAUUAAUGUUUGACUUGUCUGAAAUUUCCUGAACUUUCCAAGUCUGUACUGUAUAUACUUCAGACAGCAGUGCAUAAUGUUACUGAGAAGAAAUCUCAAUGUUUAGAUAUUUUUCUGUUUUCUAACUUUAUAAAAACUACAUUAAGAGUUGAGGUGACAUUAAAGUAGAACUAUUCUGCAAUGCUGUUUCAUAAAGAAAUGCAGCCUUCAUUUUAGUAUGUACAGUUUAUAUGUAAUUAACUUCUGAAAAUGUACAUCUGAGGAAGAACAGUAAAACGCUUCUGAUGUUUCUAGAAAUACGUAAGUUACUUUUUAAAAUCUUGUGUUUGGUAGCCAGCCAAUUAUAAGCCAAGUAUGCAAGUGCUGAAUUUCUUCAGAUAACCUGCCAUAUUACAAACUAAAAUUGUCUCAUGUUAUGGACAUGUUUACAGUGAAUUUCAGAAUUCACUGUAGGACAUAGCAGUCCCCCAAUAAGCACAGAAAUGAAAAGCAGACAUGACUGGUUGUGAACAUUUGGGUUUUGGAGAGGGAGUUAAAACAAGCUGGGCAGGCAUGUGCCUUGUUCUGAUGCAGUAUUGUUACUCUUGGAGGCUACCAGGUACAUUAAAUUAUCUUGGGGUGGGUGUUUUUUUGGCAAAUUUAUUUUCUGCAAGGGGCAUCAGGGUUCAGGAAGGACCUAGAAGACCACAUGCUGCCCACAAGCUACACUUUGCCCACCUUCACUGAAAUUAUAUUUAGAGGCAUUGUGAAAUGAAAUAAAGCCUAAAUCCCAACUGCUAGUCCUUGUUAGGCUAGACUUGCUAAAUCAAUGGAGUUUACAAUCAGCAAUUGAUUCGAUGUAUCUGUUUCUGUUAGGACUAACAAUUAGAUGUAGGCUAAAUCCAUAAUAGCUUUCUCUUGACCUUAAGAAAGGCUCCAUAUGGUGUUGUUACAGUGUUUCUUACUGCUUUAAAAGGAAACUUUACAAUGUCUGGAGGGUCUUGAUGUCCUGCAGAUGGAAGGAGGAUGUCUUCAAAUUCCUUACUGUAGGAACCCACGUAGGAGAGGCACCCGUCUAGAUUUUCAAAUGAAACACUACAUCCAUAAUAAGUGUUGCUUCUGCUUUAUCCUUUAUCAUCUGUACUCAAUGUAUUUCACAAAUGUUAAAAUUAUGACCUGGCUUUGAUGCAGGCCUGCAUUGAUAAAAGAGCUUAAAUGUGAUUCCCAGUGUCUUGUAGUGAAUAAAGUGAUGUACUAGGACUCUGAAGAUCAGAGUUCUAAUCCCCACUUGGCCAUGAAAACUCAUUGGGGAAGUGGAACUGGUAAAUCACUCCUUAAAUAGCUCACUUACCUUGAAAGCCCUAUUAGUUACUAUAAAUCAGAUUCAGAUCUGAGGGCACAGAAUGCACACAAGCUUGAACGCAGUGGAGUAGCAUUGCAUAGUGCCUUGCUACACACUUGCCAGCCACAUGGUUGUAUAGUCUUGGGCAUGUAGUAAUGCAAGAAGCCCCUUGAGAAGUGUCCUCCACGGUUGCUAGUUGGCUGUGGUUUACAAACUGCAGGGCUGCUGUAGUGGAUGCUUCAGAUUCAGCCUACUUCAAUUCCUUUCAUUCCCCAUUUUAGGAUCAAGGUGUCUGAUUAGAACUUUUCUGUUGCGGUUCAUUAAUAAAUGCAUUCCCAAACAUUUCCCAGGGUAUGUUUAAAAAAGCUUUACUUCUAGUGAACAGUUCACCAAACAGCACAGGAGUUGUUUGUUUGCUGUUGACUAUGCUUUUCUAAGUUGAUUAAUAUUUUUAUCAUAUAUGAAAAUUGGUAAUAGCAUGAGGAUAGACAGUUUUCCCAACAUUUAAAUUAAGAUAUCAUUUAUAUUCUGUUUGUUUGUUUGUAUGUAGCAAUGUUUUGGAGACUGCCAGUUACUGGUGCAGUUUUCAUUUUCAGGACUUGCCAGGGAGAAACUCAAUUUGUACUGUCACUUUCCUGAAAUGACGAGAUGAUACCUCAUUUCCAACCUGUACACAAAUCAUUACUAAGCCAUAAAUUCAUAUUGUAGUAAGAGAAAGCUCAGUCUUGCGUGUAAUCUCUUGUUAACAAGGGCAGGGCUGUGUAGGGUCGAAACUGCACACAUAACUCUUAAAUAAUUGCUUUGUAUGCUAUAUUAGGUAGUAUAAAACAAAUAUGCUCAAAGUAGAAAAUGUUAAAGGUGUUGCAGAAAGUGACAUAACACACAUAUCACCUGCCCAAACUAUAACAGUGAAUUAUCUCUAAAGCUCUAUUAAAUCUGUUACUCUUGACUUCCAAUAAUUAGAGAUUUGCCAAGCUACUGCCUUAGAUGUCAGUGCUCUCAAAUGCACAUUUCACUAGCUUCUAUGGAAACUGUACAACUUUCAUAGGUGACAAAGCACUUGAAGAUGGAUAGCAUAAUUAUCUUGUCUUAGAAAAGGUUUAUUAAGAAAAUGUAAAAGCUUGGUGUCACAGUGCAAACUGUAGGAUGCUUUCUCUGUUAACUAUUCUGGGCUGUAUGCACAUGCCUCAGGUUUUCAUCACUCUUGCUGAACUGAAUAAAUUAAAUUUAUGAA